UACUCAGGUUAUUCGACGCUCAAGAAUUCUUAUUUAGGCAGUUCAUAUCAUCCCAUACAUAGUGUUUUGAUCUAAGAUUGCAAUUCUUCCAUGUUUCCGCAGUAGCAUAUUGUUCCAUGGAGCUAGGGUCCAAAAUAGGAAUCAACAAGUGUUUCCACGACUCUACCGCCCGGCCAAUCCUGUUCCACUGAAUCCCCUCCCUUUUUCAUGGCCACAUAUCUUUACGGCUAAGGAGUGGGAAAUCUUUCUCCUGUUACACAAAUGAAAUGUUUCAUUUCAUCCGGGAAAAGCCACCUCUUUCUCCACAAACAAUGUCUUUGUCAUUUGAUCCAGGAGCCUUCCGUUAGAUAGGAACAGCUUUGCUAAAUACUGAGAACUCUCGGAUAGAGUAUUAGAAUGAAAAGACCAUUAAUUAUAUAAGGAAGAGCCCAGGGUUCUAGCCCAUUCCCAUUCCUAAAUCAAUAAUUCGUAGUGCUUUUGCCUUUCUUGCGUACUCCUGGUGAACCAGUUGCUAGCCAUAUGUUUAGGAGGCUUUUUUCUCCAGGUACUGGUACUAAGCCGCUUUGCCAUCUCUUCAUCUUCAUCUGCAAAGAAUUCUCGACGUGAAAACACAGAGACAAAGGCCUUAUCUUUGAAUAGGAAAAAGAAUGGAUCCGAAGGUCCCAAAUCAAUUGGCUUAUUCGAAAAAAGCCUUCUUCUUUGAAAGAUAUAUCUCGUGUCUGGUACUGCAUUGUUCCACUCUGCAAGAAGUCCGAAUCAGUCUCUUGCACCUCCCCCUUUUUAUGAUAAAUAUACCAUAAAUAAUUCGAAUAAAUAGCAGUCUCUGACAACUCAUCCUCUUUAAUCUGCUUGGACCCGCUCCAAUACCCAUAGGAAAAUCCCCAGUCAUAUUCAGCGUACCUGUCCCUGCAAUCAAAUAGAUUGUCCCAAGGGCCCCACCCAUAUUCUAGGAGCCCAAGUUAUGCUAUUGAAAAUUCGUUCCUCUAGCAGUUCCGGUUUGACCAUUCCGUUCCCUUUUUCAAACUCCACUUCUUUUCAUAUAGCAUCCCUAAUCAAAGAGAGAACAAUAUCCAUUUCAAAACAUUUCUAACGGAUUCCUUUCCUUGGUUCGGACCGACGAAGUAAUGGCACUCGAUUAUUAUCAACCCGACUGCAAUCUUUUUCUGUCGGUAAGGAUUGCACCAGAGCACCUUCAACUUCAAAUAGAACAGGAACAGGACUUCUUUGUCACAGCGUGCUCAUGCUUGCUUCUGAGCUGACUAACGAACCUAUGACUGCGGCAGCAAUGGAUCUCGACUCCAUCCAUACCGCUCUUCCUCAGCGCACGCGCCUGUGCUAUGGAAUCGAUUCAUCCCAAUGGUUUGGAGCAGAGAGACUCAUCCACAAGAUUGAUGAGGGACAAGCCGCCUUUGUAGAACAACCUACACUACAGCUUCUCAUAGGCCAAGGUAGAGGUUGACCAACACCAGCCCGCCCGCUUUGCUUUUCAGUGAAAGAAAGUCCUCAUUCCUCUGCUCUGGACAAAGAUGACAUUCUAGGUGCCUCGAGCGUGAAACAAUCCAUUAGGACGUAGCCCUGCUACAAGAAAGGUGCCAGACUUAGCCAGGUCUAGACUUCGACUUCUAAAAAGAGAAAGCCACUCACUCAAAAAGAGGAGGAAGCGGGACUGACCUCUGUUCGAGAAUAGAAUAUAGCAAGGAAUCGAGGAAAUCUGUCUUAUGGAGGAAUGUUGAAGACGGACAACCCAACUAGGAGAGUACAUGAAUCAGGAAUCUUGCUUAGAUCCAAUCCAUUACGACGAGAUUCUACCAUUCGGGCUUCAUCUUGUGCUAUUCCUAGGGAAUUAGUGAUUCAUUGAGAACAUGAAAACAUUGCGAUAGUGAAGAUACCAUACCACUCUCUUUCACCACAGCAUUGCUGUUUAUUUCCUUAGAAAAAGUAGGUGUUUAUUUCCUUAGAAAAACAAGACUAGACUAGACGGAACAACAUACAUAGCCUAGGCAUAUCUGGGGUGGGGCUUCUCUUCACUUUUUACAGAGGCUAGAGCCGAACCUUUAGGAAGAGCGAUAUUGAUCUAGUAAAGUAAGUGAUCUAGGCUCGAUUCCAUUCCCCUUUCUCUAGUAUCGAUUCCAUCUUAAGGUGGUGCUACCCGCUUCAAAAACCCGUUCUGCCAAUCUAUACUUGAGUUCGUUCCCUUGCACUUCACAAGGAACUAGUACUAGUCAGCUCAGGCUAAAAGAUACACAUUCAAGCUGGGAGCAUGGAAAGCUUAUCCUUGCCAAUGCUUCUCACGGGGCUGGACUAGUAUUUCUGCUGUUGGUAUCUUUUCUGCUCUGCUGAAGUGAACAUAUACUAACAAGGGUGUCAACCUAUGGCCAGUAUCAAGUGCCAGUGCCGCAGAGAAGUGCUUAACCUUUUAUCCCGAGCUUUGGACAGAACCGCUUUCCUAGCAGCAAGGGCUUUAUUGACCACUGAACAGAUUCGCUAUUCGCAGGCUUUCUUCCUUCCGCUCAUGGAAGCACUCAUGCAUCCACUUCACUUGCUAAUUCAGCCGUUGACCCUACCUCAGCCCAAGGCAAAGAAGAAUAUUACGUACGAGGACUACGAUUCGUUCCACAUUAGUGAGCCCUGUCCUAUAUGCUCAAAUGCACUCGGUUCAGUUCAGGUUGGACAAUCUCAUAUUAUAGAAAUACAAAUACGCUAUCAAAAAUCUCAUAAAGAAAUGUGACAAAUUCAUCUUAGCGAGCGUAUGGAUCAUAUGCCCCAUUCAAUUAGCCCAGGCGCCCAGUGAUCGGAGUGAUUUCCUUACAUCGGGAAGUUCUUACGUUCCUGAUACCGGAGUAGAAUACUAUUGAUCAUUCUCAAUGGCCCAGCCCAAUAGAGAUAGAAAUCAUUUCUCUAAUUUCUUGAUCGAUAAAAAAGGGCAUAACUCAUAACUAAACUAAUUGUGUUGCCCAUGAAGGGUAGUCAGUAGCAACGGAUGCACUACACUUGUACUUAUACUUUGAGCGCACUAGCCUUUAGCGGCGUUGCGCGUUAGGACGACUACGAAAUCCGUUUUCUUUUGCAUCCGCUUUCUUUGCUUCCUCCGUUCCCGGCUUAUUCUUCAACUCAGCACCUGUCUUUUGGGUUGAGCACUAGCACCUGGCACUUCUACCACUGAUCCCAUUCACUCAACAGAUUUCUUCUUUGACAAGCCAGGAUUGGACUGUACGAAUUGGGUGGGCACUUGGCUAAUGGAUGUUGCGAGAAUAGAACGAAUCCCUCUUCUCUGAAUUGGCGGAUCUGAGAUUCCUUCCUCCUGGAGAAUAGAGAUCUUGACUAUCUUUACUUGAAAGCCCUCUCUACUACCAGUUUGAGCACUGGCCUAUUUGCUUGCCGGGAUAUGAGAACAGAACCUUGGUUCAUAGCAGCUAGUUUCUCGUGUGGAUGGAUACGGUUUCAUUCUGACCUUUGUUGACUUCGGGCAAGGGAAAGUCAUGGGAUCUAUCUAGUUCAUAAACUGCCAGUGCUUUUGCUUUCUACGAGGCAAGUCAAGUCAAUCAAAGGCAAGGGACCAAACCCCACCGCUAGUCUAGGCAAGGCUAUGAAAUGAACUUAUAGAGAUGAUUCGCUCGUACAAAAGAAAAGGAGAUCGUUUACCGGGGGACGUUGUUAAAGCGUAUGCCGAAAGAUACAAAACUUCGAAAAUAGUGGCAGUUGGCGUGAGGGUCUAUAGUAUAGUAUAGUAUAGUUUGGGUCUCAAAAAUGAAUGUGACGUUCGCCUACUUUCCGUAGAGGAGGGCAAGAAAUUCGAAAUUACAAGUUGAUCUACCCAAGAAAUUGAACGAUCUCAAUCAGCUUAUCGAGCCAAGGAAGUGGGACCUAAAACUAGGUAAGGAGAGAACUUGACCACCCCUCCCCAACUACAUAACCAAGAGGAAGGGGGAAAAACUCCUCGAAAACCUUCCGUCUUCUUCGUUGGGGAUCUCGAAACCCUACCCUAUGAAUUUUGUUCUGAUGAGGUGAAAUCACAAGUCGCGUAUGCGGGAGGCUUACCAACCUAUGAACCAGAAUCGGAUCCGAACCGGAACAAACGAGUGCUUUCAUUCCUCGCUAGAUAACAACAGAUUCUACCACUGAUCCCAAUCCCAAGUCCGGAUUCUACCACUGAUCCCAAGCCCGGAUUCCACUACCUAUCAAUGUGUCAGUUCACUAAAGCAAAUCGUCUUUCCAAGGUGGGCAAUGACAUUCAAAAGUGAUAGAACGGCUGAUGUUGCCUCAAAAACACGGGUUCUUGAGCGUAUUUUAGAAAGACUUCUGGCUUCUUUGGGUUGGGCAUGAUAACAACCGACUUGUUCACACCUGUAUGAGACCAAGGGACCGAUGUACCCAACAUCCUAUUCUUUCUUUUCCACGGCUUUGCUUUGACUCAUGCGUAGAAUUGAACAGAACAGGGAUCAAUCCUGGCCUGGCCUGGCCUUUGCGGCCGAUAUGAGUGAUAUCUUCCGUACUAGAGGGAUGGAAGCGGCACCCUUAUAUAGACUUCCCUAGACUCUACUCUCUUUUCUUUACCAGCGAGUUCGAGUCAGCACACGUCCACGCAACCACUACUCUACUUACCGGCGCACGCAACCACUACUUAAAAUCUCAAUCCCAGUCCCAUCCGUUCUAUAAGCACUCAUGCCGGAACUCACUUCGAAGAAGACAAUGUUGCCGAUGAUAAAAGAGAUGGCAGCACAACUUCUAUUUUUUAUGCUAUGCAAAUCUCUAUGGAUUCCCUUGGCUCACACUUUUAUUCAUCUAAUCUACGAGAACACUAGCGUGCCGCAGUAGACGAAGAAGGGAGUGCCACUAUUGCUUGGGUCGGUUCAUCAAGCUGGCACUUCUCCUGAAGCCACAAGCGAACCAGAUCUAGUUAGAUCCGAAAUCUUAGGUGUAGGUCCCGAUCCGUUCUUUUAUUCUACACAUUAUUACUCAUUGGGUAUCGAUUGCAGUUUGAUUUGUUGGCCCUGGAGAACUGCAGUCUUCAACUGGCGCACUGGAAAGUGAGAACUCUUUCUUUCCUUUUGAUUGAACUCUACAAUACGAUUUCGGAGAUUGGUACCAGAUUGGAAUUCAUUCUCGGAACUCUCCUCUAGAGAAUGGCCUGGCUAAAGAGAAAGAUCUGAUCUGUAUUGUAUCCCGGCACCGGCACGAAUCGAACAAGAGUGCAGCGCGUUGAUCUUAUGAUAUGCGCCAGGAAAUAGUGCCACUGGCAGCCACUAGGUGAGAUCAAAUCUACUUUUGGAAUUGUAAAUCCAUUCUCCCGAGGCAAAAUCGGGUGAUGAAGAGGUGGUCCAGGCCCAGGAACGGAGGAAUGCUACACGAACAGAAGUUUGCACUUUCUUAGGAAUGGCUCCCAAGCUUGCCAUACGAUUCACAACUUUCGCCCAAAUAACCAGCUUGCUCUAGAAAUAAUAUUGAAUUUAAUAAAGCUACUUCCUAGCUUUGGGUCAAGGUAACCCACACAGGUAGUUGUAGAAGCACGGGGUGGGUCAUCAUUAGGCCUAUAUCCUCUGGCACAUGCUUUAGGGCUCCCGCGGGUCCAUCCUCUGCAAAGUAAACAGCAUCUCGAUUCCCCGAAUUAAAGAGUGACUGGUUCCCAGCUUGGGAAGAGGUCCAGAAUUAGUACUAGAGAUGUUGGCAGGGGAAGCCCAUAUCCAUCCCUCGCCUCGAAAAGGGCUUAAGAGCUCCAUACCUUUUGGGUAUAGAUCAAACAAAAUAGGGGUAUGGGCCAUGGGUCGACUCGGGUAAGCGAUUGGGACAUCCCUCGAAAGAGGCGAACUGCUCUCGUUUCCAUAUCCGCUUAGCAGUUGCGUGUUGUUGCGCGGGAUCAUAUGCGGGGAAGGGUCCGAAUAAGACGAUGGCAGCUCCAGAACAUAAAAAACAAGGCUUUUCCAGGGGCCUCUCCUUGGGGAGCACGGCAUCAACUCCCUGGUGGCAUUUCAUUUGAUUAAAUAUUAAAUAAAUAAAUAAGUGUGUGUUGUCCACUGCCUCCAAUUCCUUAAGAGUAAGAGCCAGGGUUCAUUGGAUCUCGCUACACCCCUUCUCUUUGUUUAGGCAUUCCGCGCCAUCUACCGCUAUGAAUGGCACCUUUGUCCCUAGAUUUCUAUCACAGUUCUGUAUAUCCGGUUCGGGAUGGAAAGGCAAGGAUGGCACCCUAAUCCCAAACUAUCCCUCGAAAGAUUGGAUCUUUUCGGUCUGUUUAUAGUUUCAAUGCCAUCUUCCUAUUGGUAUUUCGAUUGAGCUGAGCUAUUAAGGUGCGGUUGACGGCACAAGUGCCCCUCCACUGCCGCUUUCUUUAGGAGAAUGGGACAACUCCGUACCGCCCCGCGCCCCUUCCCCUUUCAAGAGGUUGUAUUGGUGCAUCAGCGAUCGCCACUUCCGUUUCAUAUAGCAGCAAAAGUUGACAAGUCCUUUUUCCCUCUAUGGAUGGAAAAGAAGAAAGUGCGUUUCAGAAAAGUGGCCUUUUUUCUGAUUUCUAGUAGGGAUGCCUUGCCGGAAGGUGCCGGAGGAGAAUAGAUAGUUGGGGCAGGCUAUCGAGGUCAAAUAGCUGGUAGUACUUUUCCCAUUUCCCACUAGGGAAUCAUCCUUUUCUGAUUCGGAUGAGUUUCCGAGGAAGAGUAGUAGUAGUGACGAAUUGGCUAAAAGCAGGUGGCAUUGGGAUCUGUUGUCAAACAAACUCUAUUGCUGAUACACGAGCGGAAGGAAGUCGCAGAUCAGUCGUUCAAAGAAGAUCUCGGUCCCCCUUUUUUUAGCGUGGAAUAGGCGAAUCAACAAAGAAUUUCUCAACAAAUAAGGGACUCGUACGUACCAAUGAUUUACUAUCGAGAUCGAGUUUCGCUAGAAAACAGACUUUUCUCUAUUCCACAAGGACAAAAGAAGUGCCGAGUGGUGUUACACAAGUUCAAAAGAAGGAAGUAAGAGUGGUGUCGACUUAUUGCCCAGAACGAGCCAGUGCCGCUAUCAAGCAGUAAAGUGGCCGGGCCCUUCCAUGAGUUUAGAUCUCUAUGUAUGAAUCUCUUAUGAAAUCCAAUACUUUUUAUCAUUUCAGAACGAUCAGCAUACUGUGUGACUUCUGCGUGACAGUUCUUGCAUUUCGUUUGUUGCUUUGCAUGAACAUUUAGAUAUUGGAAAGCGAACUCCCUUAAUUAGGAAUUUCAUAGAUAGAGAAGGACGGGAAAAAAGAGAGAGACUGACUAACUACCCGGAUCAAUGCUGAUUGACGACUGAAUAAAUAGCCGGAAGCAACAACUGCACGAGAGAGAAAGAGCGGAUCCAACUAAGGAAAUGCAGUACCUGUUCUGUCGGAGCUAAUCAUGCAAAGCUAGCGUAGCGCCAGCCGUCGAAGUGAAUGAAUUCGAAAGAACGAAGAAAUAAGGAAAUGAGACGACUCUUUCUUGAACAAUUUCAUAAGCAGAUCUUCCCCUCCACACCAAUCACGAGUUUUUUUUUAUUCCUCUCGUAUAUCGUCGUCACGCCCUUAAUGAUAGGUUUUGAAAAAGAUUUUUCAUGUCAUUCCCAUUUAGGUUCGAUUCGGAUCUCUCUGUUGUUUCCCUUUCCUCCCGAACCUUUUCCUCGAAAUGAUAAAGAAUCUGGUACACUCGAAUUGUAUUAUUUAAGUGCUUAUUGCUUGCCAAAAAUCCUACUUCUACAAUUGGUAGGUCACCGGGUUAUUCAAAUAAGUCGUGUUUUCUGUGCUUUUCCCAUGUUACAACUUCCGUACCAAUUCGAUCGAUCCGGAAUGGAUCGGUUAAACAUUCUAUUAGGGAGCCCGGUCUUGACUCUUCUGUGUGGUAUUCAUUCUCGUUCGGCUCUUGGAGUCACAUCCAGCAGUGGUUGGAACAGCUCGCAAAAUCCAACCACUUCACCUACUUUAUUGCCCCCAACCGUUUCCCGUACCUCUAUAGAAACAGAAGGGUUUCAUGUUCUUUCAUCGAUUGGGUAUUCCUCUCCUUUUGUAUCUCUUUAUCCAAUUUCGGUCUCGAUUAGUUCACAAGAUUGAAUGGCCAAGUCAUGGAAAAGCCGUUAUUCGAUUGUUUUAAAAGAAUGUGUUGAGCCGGGCCCGGGUAUGUAAGUUCAGCGAUGUACAAACAAGGAUUGAUUUGACUUCCGCACCUAGGGUUCUAUUUUUUAAGAAUAAGGAAGAGGAAUAGAAUCUCAUUCAUGUGUUCAUGCUAACAGAAGAGCGGAUCCAAUACACAUACAUAAGGCAUCGGUUGUUCUUAACAGCGAUGGCUAUUCAUUUAAGUCUUCGGGUAGCACCACCAGAUCUUCAACAAGGUGGAAAUUCUCGUAUAGUAUAAUAUAAUAGUAGUAGACGGCAGUAGAUCCUACAACGGUACUUCCGUGGAGAUACGAUCCUACAACGACUAUUUCCUUGCAAAGCAAUUCAAACAGUACCGGUACUCCUAAGCCAUGAAACCAAUGCUAAGGGAAAGACUUCUGCUCGCUGGAUCAAAGAAAAGGUAAUAUCCUCGGGAAAGGCUAAGCACAUUCGAAGACUGGCUUUCGAUUCGUAUCCUCUGAGCAAGGCCUAUUCCGGGGAAACAACUAAACCCUGGGCUGUUUAUGAUGUGAGGCUGAUUCCUAUUCCACAAAAUGGUACGGUUGUUGUAUUCCGAUUAGCGGUGCCCAGGAAAGAACGGGUACUUAACGGCUGCUAUAAACCAUUAUGGAAUUCUGUGUUACCUUCAUUCAAUAUCUUAUAUUAGGUAUAGAAUCGAUCAUAGUUCCCCCACGACCAAGAGAAGUGGCUUAUCUAUUGAAUAAUAGAUCUCGUAAAUCAAAUAGGUUAUGACAAGAGAGGGUUCCUACACUCGUUCUAAUGGAACGUGGGGAUCAAAGCAAGAGUCAAAGUCACAGAUCAGGAUGGACAUAGUACCAAUUCUGUUAAGCCACAACCAACUAUCUUAUCAACCCAAAGCUGCAAGAAGAGAAGUUAAGUUGUUGACCAGGUUCAAAUAGCCCAGUUUCAAAUAGUGCCGUAUUGAAUGCGCAAAGUGCUGCUCAGCCUAGCCUAAUAGAGGAGAGGAUGGAUCCGACCUCUAGCUCUUUACUUUUACUGCCUGUGCAGCUAAGGAAAGACAACUACACUUCCAAGUCCUAAGAGAAUACUAGUAUACGAUCUGUUAUAUAAAUAGGUAAAUGUUCCUUUCCAUUAUGAAUCGCGAUUGUAUGGCCAACCAUUGCGGGUAGAAUGCUAGAUGCCCGGGACCACGUUACUAUUAUUUAUUUCUUUCUCCUCCUUCAUAUUGACCUUUUCUAUUUUUGCCAAUAAAUGACGAGCUACAAAAGGAUUCGUUUUUUUUGCUGAUUACUCCUUUUUUUCAUUUUAAAGAGUGGCAUCCUAUGUCCACUAUCUCGAUCGAGGUAUGGAGGUCAGAAUAAAUAGAAUAAUAAUGAAUGGAAAAAAGAGAAAAUCCUUUAGCUGGAUAAGGGGCGGAUGUAGCCAAGUGGAUCAAGGCAGUGGAUUGUGAAUCCACCAUGCGCGGGUUCAAUUCCCGUCGUUCGCCCAUCGCAUUAUUGCAAAUUCCAAAAAUGCAAUUUUCCAUAUUCCUAGUUACGUAUUUACUUACCUUACGGCGACGAAGAAUAAAACUAUCACUAUAUUUUUUCCUUUUCCUAGUUCUUCUUCCAAGCGCAGGAUAACCCCAAGGGGUUGUGGGUUUUUUUCUACCAAUGGGGGCUUUCCCUUCACCACCCCCAUGGGGGUGGUCCACAGGGUUCAUAACUACCCCUCUUACUACGGGGCGUUUACCUAGCCAACACUUAGAUCCGGCUCUACCCAAACUUUUUUGGUUCACCCCAACAUUACCCACUUGUCCGACUGUUGCUAAGCAGUUUUGGGAUACCAAACGGACCUCCCCAGAUGGUAAUCUUAAAGUGGCCAAUUUACCCUCUUUUGCAAUCAGUUUCGCUACAGCACCUGCUGCUCUAGCUAAUUGCCCACCCCUUCCACGUGUGAUUUCUAUGUUAUGUAUGGCCGUGCCUAAGGGCAUAUCGGUUGAAGUAGAUUCUUCUUUUUUCUCAAAAAACCCCUUCCCAAACUGUACAAGCUUCUUCCAAAGCAUACGGCUUUCUAGAUGUAUAUGACGAUCUCUAGACAGAUGGAUCUUAUAUGAAUCGUAUGAUGAAGUACCACAUGAGUGGAUAUAUAGAAAAGGAAUCCAAAUCCGCCGAAUCGCUCAUGUUAUGAUCUUCUACAUCCUAGGUCUCCGCGUUCCGUCAUCUGGCUUAUGUUCUUCAUGUAGCAUUCAGAUCGAAUGACUCUAUGAAAUUACGUCGAUACUUCCACAUAUUAUGGGUAACGUAGGAGACAUCCCUAUUUUCACCCGGGGGUCUUAAUUACCACUGCUUAGCUUCGCCUCUGACCAUAAAAUGAAAUGUGAAUAACCCGUCCUCCUCUCUUUGAAACAAGGGGCGCUUCCGGUUCUGUGCGUGCUUCAAACAAUUUUGUCUUCUCCAUAUCUCUAGAGUCAAGAAUUUUCUAUGAGGAACUACUGAACUCAAUCACUUGCUGCCGUUACUCAACAGUUUUCUGUUGAGGUCUAUCCCGUAGAGGUAGUCAAAUUGGAUCAGUGAUCGAUUUCUAGGUUUCGUCGUAAACCUAAUUGGUUACUUCCAAUUACGUAAAUCAAUAGUUCAAACCGCACUCAAAGGUAGGGCAUUUCCCAUUGAUAUAGGAACUUUUGUACCAGAAACAAUAGUAUCUCCAACCCUCUGGGAUGUAAAAUAUAUCUCUGCUCACCAUCCCCCCAGAAAUAGUGUAUGAGACAAAUGUAUGCAUUUCGAUUAGGGUCGUAUUCUAUGGUUACGAUUCUACUCUACCAGAUAUGUCUUUUUGAUUCCGUCGAAAAUAGAUUUUACGGUAUAGGCGCGCCUCCCCCUCUAUGCCUUGCGGUAAUGAUUCCUCUGGCAUUACGACCUUUACCACAACGGUGCCGUCCAUGGAUCAAUUUAUUUCGUGGAUUGGAUUUCACUUGCCUGUCUACGGUUCCCUUGCGUGUGCUCGGGAUAGGUGUUUUGUAUAAAUGUUUCGCCGUAUUAUUAAGUAUUCUCCUUGAGUUCGUUUCUCUAUCUAGAAGUGGAAUAGAAUAACCCGGUUGAAGGGUAAUGAUCAUACGUCUGUAAUGCAUUGUAUGUCCCAGAAUAGGUCCCAUUCUUCUACCCUUUCCGGGUAGUCGAUGGCUAUUCACAGCUACUACCUUAACACCAAAGAAGAGUUCGACCCAAUGCUUGAUUUCUGUCUUAGUGAAUCCCGAUUCGACAUUAAAAGUAUAUUGAUUCUUUCCCAAUAAACGAAGACUCUUUUCUGUAAAUACUGCGUAUUUGAUUCCAUUAUCGUACGAUAAUACUAUAUUUUUAUUUAUAUUUGUUUAUUGUAUUAUACCUUUCUAUAUUCUAGAUAUAUAGAAUAGAAGAAUCUCGAUUUGUCAAGUCUCAUGAUCGUAUCAAGAUCUAUUUCAAUUCGGCUCAGUCUUUUUUUUUUAGAAAAGAUUGAGCCGAAUUGAAUUGCAAUCAAUUAGAGGAAUAAAGAAGAAUUACUGCAUUUCUUAACUUAUUUUUUCUCUUUCUAUUUUGCUUCUUUUUUAUUUUAUAUGGUAUCCAUCGCUUUGAAACCAUCAAAUUGGAUCUCCUUCCAUAUUUCACAAGCUGCGGCUAGUUCAGCACUCCAUUUGCAAGCUGCUUUGAUAAUUUCAUUACCUUCACGAGCAAGAUCGCGCCCUUCGUUACGAGCUUGUACACAGGCUUCUAAAGCCACACGAUUAGCUGCUGCACCAGGUGCAUUUCCCCAAGGAUGUCCUAAAGUUCCUCCACCAAAUUGUAAUACGGAAUCAUCUCCAAAGAUUUCGGUCAGAGCUGGCAUAUGCCAAACAUGAAUACCCCCAGAAGCCACCGGUAUAACACCUGGCAUGGAUACCCAGUCCUGAGUGAAAAAGAUACCGCGAUAACGAUCUUUUUCAAUAAAAUCAUCGCGCAAUAAAUCAACAAAACCUAAAGUUAUUUCGCGUUCCCCUUCUAACUUACCUACUACUGUACCGGAGUGGAUAUGAUCUCCCCCCGACAUACGCAAUGCUUUAGCUAAUACACGGAAAUGCAUACCAUGAUUUUUCUGUCUAUCAAUAACUGCAUGCAUUGCUCGGUGAAUGUGAAGAAGUAGGCCGUUGUCGCGGCAAUAAUGAGACAAAGUAGUAUUUGCGACCUCCUGUUAAGUAGUCAUGCAUUACAAUAGGAACCCCUAAUUCCCUUGCAAAUACAGCUCUCUUAAUCAUUUAUUCGCAUGUACCUGCAGUCGCAUUCAAGUAAUGCCCCUUGAUUUCACCGGUUUCGGCUUGUGCUUUAUAAAUUGCUUCGGCACAAAAGACAAAACGGUCUCUCCAGCGCAUAAAUGGUUGUGAGUUUACGUUUUCAUCAUCUUUGGUAAAAUCAAGUCCACCGCGUAGACACUCAUAACACGCUCUACCGUAAUUUUUUGCGGAUAAUCCGUUUAAUAGUACAUCCCAAUAAAGGACGACCGUACUUGUUCAACUUAUCCCUUUCAACUUGGAUACCGUGAGGCGGACCUUGGAAAGUUUUUGAAUAAGCAGGGGGAAUUCGUAGAUCCUCCAAACGUAGAGCGCGUAAGGCUUUGAAACCAAAUACGUUACCCACAAUGGAAGUAAACAUGUUAGUAACAGAACCCUCUUCAAAUAGGUCUAAUGGAUAAGCUACAUAACAGAUAUAUUGAUCUGGGUCCCCAGGAACGGGCUCGAUGUGAUAGCAUCGUCCUUUGUAACGAUCAAGACUGGUAAGUCCAUCAGUCCAAACAGUUGUCCAUGUACCAGUAGAAGAUUCCGCAGCUACUGCAGCUCCUGCUUCUUCAGGCGCCCGAGCUGAGGAGUUACUCGGAAUGCUUGCUGCCAAGAUAUCAGUAUCCUUGGUUUCGUACUCCGGGGUGUAGUAAGUCAAUUUAUAAUCCUUAACACCAGCUUUAAAUCCAACACUUGCUUUAGUUUCUGUUUGUGGUGACAUAAGUCCCUCCCUACAACUCAUGAAUUAAGAAUUCUCACAACGACAGGGUCUACUCGAUAUGGAUUAGGCGUAAAUGAAACCUUUGCAAAAAUCGAAAAAAAUAAAGAUAUUUAAUUAAUAUCAACUCAUUAAAUAAAAAAAGGAGUAUGCUUAAGUUAAUGAAUAUGUUUCAUUCAUAUAUAAUGUGUACACCCUGUGUACAAAUGCAAAGCAAGUUCUUUCCAAUGCUACUUCCAAAAUGCCAGUGCACGGAUUUGAUCUCUUGACUUUUAUUAGCUCCUGAUAUAGAUAAUGCUACGUGCUCGCUAACUCUAUUCGUCCUGGCAUGGCAAAGCGGCGAACCUGCCUGCCUAAUGAAGAAAGAGAAGUCGAUCUAGAGAAGCUUCUUAAGUAAGAAUAAGAUGGCAAAAGAGUAGAGAUUUUACAGUUCAUUCGCUUGGAAGCUAGCUUCAUCUGGAGCAUACACUCUGGGAGGGGUAUCACAAUCUUCUGUACCUAUAUGGAAAUCGUAGCAAGGCUAGCUUGUAACAUCGAAGAGCAGGCAUUUCCAAUUAGUUUAGUUGAAACGUUGCAAAAACCAUAGAGCUGAGCUGGCUUAUUAGGUAGUUCCUUUUUGCAUUAUAUAUUUAACGCCUUCUUGCUCAUCUAGAAACUCUCCCUCUCAUAUCUCGUGACAACUAUUCCUGUCUCGGUUAUCUGUGCUAUCCAAAUGCCUGCCUCUUUGUAAGCCCGUGCAGACUGAAAUGCAUAUGCCUCCCAAAGCGGAUUAAGCAUAUCCUCGCUCUCUCUACCCUUUCCUCUCUCAUUCCAGAAAAGAAGUGCAAUAUGCGAUCAAUAAGCUUACGGAUUCAAUACCUUUGAUAGCAUCAUAAGUAGUGCCGUAGGUUCAAUCCCAACCAAUGCCCAGCUUCAGCAAAUAGAAGAAGGGUUAACAUCAUGAAUAUGCGAUCAAGCAAAGAGUGAAGAAGCAGCAAUACGUGUUUUGAGUUAUCUUUCUUUUUUCUUCUAAAAAAGCAAUAGAAAAGAAGAAAGAAUUCCGUAGUGUGUAUCAACUUCAUCUUCUCCACAACCUCACAGACCUUAUCACUAGGGAAAGCCGAUACAGCUGAUCCCUCACCAGAUGAGGCUGGUGACAAGUUCCAAUUGUACUUUUGUUGACCAAUAUCUGACCGAGAAAUGAGUUGAUGAACCCGUCUUACCAGAGAUAGGAAUUUUUCCAUUAUUCGAUGAUCCAACGCGCUAAGGGAAUUCAUGUUCUCAGUAUUGACCAUUACCCUGGAUUCUUUCCUACCCUCAAUUGUGCCACCUUCUUGUUACUCGCUGGCCGAGUAUAAUCAUUAUUUUAUUUCCAAUUCUAGUAGUUUGUAGUUUGAUGAAUAUAGUUUAUAACUAUAAUAUGGGUUAUAACUCAGUCUGUUUAUUAAACGAUUCUCGCCUUCCAGCAGCUUCAGGUAGCCUCCCUUAACCCUGCAGGAUUCGAGGGAGUCGUCGAGCCUUCAAUUCAUCCGGCACUCGCUGGUAACUUCCAGGAGCCUCGAAUGAUUCCGACACCCUCUUCAGCGCUUCUGGACGGUUCUCAACUGAAAAGUAAACUCAAUUCGUUAAUAACCCGCUUUGCAAAUUUCUUUUUCAAGUGCAAAAACGAUGAAAGGAUCAAGGUCCCUUUCUUUAACGAUUGUGGCCUUUUUUGAACUAAUUUUCGGACUUCUAUCCGCGUCUUUUAGCCUCAUCUUCAUAUAGCUGGAAAAUCCGUGCAAAUAACUCCGCCAUCAACGGUUCCUUCCUCGGCUAAGAAUAAUGCUAUGCUAUCCGGAAUUGCAAUUAGAUAGUUGUAGAUAAGGUAAGGCCCUUCCCCUCUAUCCAGUUCAAACCAAUGGCAUGAAAUAGCACUAGCGAAAAGGCUAAGCACAUUUGAUAGAGGUAUACCUCACCAAAGCAAAGAAGAACAAAACCUGGGACGAGGACGGUCGCGAAUGCAAAUGCUUAUGGUUCUAAUCAAGUGAAGCCAAUGCUAGGAGGUUGAAACUAGAGGUCACAAGGCAUGACGCUGGAGAAAGAGAAGCGUGAUGUUGUCAGCAAUCAAAUUAUCGUAAAUAGAUAGUAUAGUAUAGUAUAGUUACGCUUUCCUGAGUGACUGGAUUCCUAGCUCUUCGACAGCAAGAAGUGGUACGAACUUCAUCAGCGCAUGAGAAGCAAGCGGUCUUAGUGGAGUGGCGGACUUCCCCUUUCAAGGAAAGGAAAGUUUUCGGAUUCUCGUCAAAGAGGAGAGCUGAGCCUAAAGAAAAUCACAUCAAGCUAAGUGCAAACAGGCGCAAUCAAGAUCACAAGAAGAAGAGAAGAAACAAGAAGAAAACACACCAAGGCAUUAAUCAACAGCCUAAGCCGAAGCCACCAUAGGCAAUAGAUCACAAUUCAAGGAAAGGAGCAGGGUCACUAAUAUUGUAUGGAUAGUACUCGAAGAAAGGGAACUCCCAGGAAACCUAAUCUAUAAGAGCCGUGUUCGUGCUGUGGAUUUCAAAGUGAAGUUCUUAGGUGGAGGCGAGUUCUGUUCUAUUCUAUGACAAUCCUCAAACUCCAUUCAUCGAUUGCUGUUCCAUUGAAGGGAAGGAACUCUAUGUUGGAAGUCUUCCCAAGCCAAGAAACAAGAUCUGUGUCUCUAUUACUCGAGCUGUGUCAAUGACAUAAACACGCCGUAGUAGGGUGUGCCGUUCACCCAUCUCAGACGCCAUAGGUUCUCUAUUCUUAGGAUCUGCCUGGCCUGGCCACUCAAAGAAAAAGUACAAUCUGCUGGGUUUUGACAUCAGUGAGGAUAAGUCACGUACGAGUUCAGGGCACAUGAUCUUUCGAAGUGCCAUAGGAAUUCUAAGAAUAAGGGAUGGUGCCAACGAGAAAGAGACCCAGCUAUUGUACUGGUAGAGAAGUGACUCGACUGGAAAGGCAGCUACCUUGGUUCUUCGAAUAGGUGUGGGUAAACUGCUCGCAUUUUCCUAUGUGGGUGGCGAAAGAUUCUUGCUAGAUUUGGAUCUUAACUCAUACCGCUGUUGUGGCUUGAAGGGAAAACCAAUUCAUCCUUAUGCUUUUUGCGCUAGAUAAGAACAAGAACUUCCCUUUAAGUCUUUCCGUCUUUCUACCUGACCUGCAGAGGACUAGAUAGAGGCUGGCAAGCCAUAGACUCAUUGGGGUCUAAGUAAGUACAAACAACUUCAACUCCUCGCGAACCGACAGGACAGAUUUCCCCGGCAGCUGCAGCUACUGGUAUCAGCACCAACCAACUCUAUUCUAGCCUCGUAAGCCACUUCUCCUCUCCCGGCAGGCUUGGUCUCGCCUUCUCCAAUUAUCGGCAUCUCUCUCCUAUUAUCGUAUGAGAAUUCUAGCCAGUCACUUCGGGAAGGAAGUCAACUGCAAAUAGCCAGCCUCCACGAACAGCAAAGGAGCUACGGCACUUCUGGCACUAUCCUCAAACCCAUAUGGCGCGUCGUCAACCCAAUUUGCCAAGCGUCAAUCUCAAUCUUCCAAAAAAAAGGAAACUAGCUAUCUAGAGGAAACUAACUAUCUCUAUCUAGAAGAAGCUGAGAAAGGUACCGCUGUCUAUGAAGCAAGGUCAGAAUGUGCCGCUAAGAUCCCAGCCAGGCUAUGAUAGCAGGAAUAAGAAAUUGCCAUAGGGGAAUCCAUUCAUUCUCGACCAUACAGGGAGUUUAGUUUCGAGGAUAGCGUAUUCGUCCGAAGUCGUAUUAGUUGGCAUUGUCACUGGAACAGUUUCCUUGAUAUCAUCUGUGGGCUCUCCAUUGGUUUGGUCCGGCAUCUUAGGUUUCGCAGGAUCACUUCACUUAACUUAUUUCAUUUCGAGAAAGAGAACGAUUCUUCUUCGAUCUAGAAAGAACGAUUCUUCUUCGAAGCAUGAACCAACCCGCACCUGCCCUCAAAGCAGAUACGAAUCACGGAAACUUUGCCUCUUCUGAAGCGCAGAACCAGAAAACCCACGGCCUGCUGCUUGAUUAGAAAAAGGAGAUCCACGGCCUGUGAGUAACUACGCCAUGUUACGAAUCACAGCCUGACUUCCUCUAGAUGAAAGCAUAGGUAGUGACGACCUAUUGUUUUCUUCUCAGCGGACCCAAUGAGUAACUACGCCAUGUUACGAAUAAAAGCGAGGGAAAAUCGGAUGAGCAACUUUUGCAGCUAUAUGAAAUGCACUUUGGAAAAUCAGGUCUUGAGGACGAAAAACACGAUAAAAUGGACUUGCCUACUUUUGCACCGAAGAAACUCAUAAGUAAUCCAAUUUCCGAGGACACGAACGGAAGUAAGCUGUUUUUGGUAUUCGUAUCGGAAUUAGCCAGAAGAAGAAACCAUUUUCACUGCCCUUCAUUCUUUGGCCUGCCUGCCUUAGUGGCCCCUCUCUGAUAAGGUUUUCAAAACGAAAAAAAAAUGACAAAUCUGGUCCGAUGGCUCUUCUCCACUAACCACAAGGAUAUCGGUACUCUAUAUUUCAUCUUCGGUGCCAUUGCAGGAGUGAUGGGCACAUGCUUCUCCGUACUGAUUCGUAUGGAAUUAGCCCGACCCGGCGAUCAAAUUCUUGGUGGGAAUCAUCAACUUUAUAAUGUUUUAAUAACGGCUCACGCUUUUUUAAUGAUCUUUUUUAUGGUUAUGCCGGCGAUGAUAGGUGGAUUUGGGAAUUGGUUUGUUCCGAUUCUGAUAGGUGCACCUGACAUGGCAUUUCCACGAUUAAAUAAUAUAUCAUUCUGGUUGUUGCCACCAAGUCUCUUGCUCCUAUUAAGCUCAGCCUUAGUAGAAGUGGGCAGCGGCACUGGGUGGACGGUCUAUCCGCCCUUAAGUGGUAUUACCAGCCAUUCUGGAGGAGCAGUUGAUUUAGCAAUUUUUAGUCUUCAUCUAUCAGGUGUUUCAUCAAUUUUAGGUUCUAUCAAUUUUAUAACUACUAUCUUCAACAUGCGUGGACCUGGAAUGACUAUGCAUAGAUUACCACUUUUUGUGUGGUCCGUUUUAGUGACAGCAUUCCUACUUUUAUUAUCACUUCCGGUACUGGCAGGGGCAAUUACAAUGUUAUUAACCGAUCGAAACUUUAAUACAACCUUUUUUGAUCCAGCAGGAGGGGGAGACCCAAUAUUAUACCAGCAUCUCUUUUGGUUCUUCGGUCAUCCAGAGGUGUAUAUUCUCAUUCUGCCUGGAUUCGGUAUUAUUAGUCAUAUCGUAUCGACCUUUUCAAGAAAACCGGUCUUCGGGUAUCUAGGCAUGGUUUAUGCCAUGAUAAGUAUAGGUGUUCUUGGAUUUCUAGUUUGGGCUCAUCAUAUGUUUACUGUGGGCUUAGACGUUGAUACGCGUGCCUACUUCACCGCAGCUACCAUGAUCAUAGCUGUGCCCACUGGAAUCAAAAUCUUUAGUUGGAUCGCUACCAUGUGGGGAGGUUCGAUACAAUACAAAACACCCAUGUUAUUUGCUGUAGGGUUCAUCUUUUUGUUCACCAUAGGAGGGCUCACUGGAAUAGUUCUAGCAAACUCUGGGCUAGACAUUGCUCUACAUGAUACUUAUUAUGUGGUUGCACAUUUCCAUUAUGUACUUUCUAUGGGAGCCGUUUUUGCUUUAUUUGCUGGAUUUUACUAUUGGGUGGGUAAAAUCUUUGGUCGGACAUAUCCUGAAACUUUAGGCCAAAUCCAUUUUUGGAUCACUUUUUUCGGGGUUAAUCUGACCUUCUUUCCCAUGCAUUUCUUAGGGCUUUCGGGUAUGCCACGUCGCAUUCCAGAUUAUCCAGAUGCUUACGCCGGAUGGAAUGCUCUGAGCAGUUUCGGUUCUUAUAUAUCCGUAGUUGGGAUUCGUCGUUUCUUCGUAGUUGUCGCAAUCACUUCAAGCAGUGGAAAGAACAAAAGAUGUGCGGAAAGUCCUUGGGCUGUUGAGCAGAAUCCAACCACACUAGAAUGGUUGGUACAAAGCCCUCCAGCCUUUCAUACUUUUGGAGAACUUCCAACUAUCAAAGAAACUAGAAACCAAUCCAGUUGCUAGAAAUCCAUCAUUAGCGAGACAAUUAUUUUUCUUUUCUUUUGAUUUGUUUGGGCUUUGCCUUAACCGAAGCUAUUGCAUUGUUUGCACUUAUGAGGGAUCUUAUUUGUGUUCUAAAAUAUUCGAGUAAAGUAUGAAAGGCUGGAGCAACACUUCUCAAUGCCACUUCCGGAAACAAAUUCGUCGUGAAUAAAUAGAAUAGCGGAAUAAAUAGAAUAGGUUGGACAUAGUUCCUUGUAGGAUGAGUGGAUACGUAA